CCACCCGGAACACCCACAGGACCCGGGAGAGACACACUUCGGUGGAGCGCAACAAGUCGUCAUUACUGCCAUUCGCGCAACUGAACUCACUCUUGGUCUCCGACGGAUCCCUGCUGGCUUCCAUGUGGUAGUAAUGACUGGCGGUGUCGAAUUCCAAAGCAGCAACAAACCUGUACACGUAGACCAGGGUGUUGUCGAAUGGAACGAACGGAUGCUUCUCGUGUAUGCUUCAUUUGAACUGGAUCCGAUGCUUUGUCAUGGAGAGGUACUCCGCACAUUCGAGAUAUCCGUUGGAGAAUUACUGGAUCGCAGUGAAAAGUCACAUCCUAUAAUUUUACAGCCCAAGCAGGAGGAAGUUGUAUCCCCGUGCACUUCACUGUUUAUGACAGUGGAGCAACGACGUUCUGAUAAAAAUGACGCUACAACUCUUCGCCCACUUACUACCCUUACGUCCGACGACAUGCAUGCAUUAGUACUAAGGACGGACGCCGGACAUGGUCUUCUCGCACGAUACCGAAGGACACAGAACACUAGGGAUCUCGACGAAUCCAUAACGCACUUUGAACGUGCCUCUGAUCUCUGUGCCAUGGGUCACCCCUGCCGCCCUGCAGCACUGUUCAAUCUAGCUUCCGCGAAGUUUGUUAAUUGCCAAGUCAAUGGAACAUACCUCGACCUCGAUAUCUCCAUCUCUCUUUUUCAAGAUGCCUUUGACUUGCCUCCAUCUUGCUAUUGCUAUGCUGUCUCGUUUCGCGAAACGGGGAUUUCAAACGGAUGCUGAUGCAGCCGAAGAAUUACUGAGCAAAGUUCUCGAUGUUUGCCACGCCAACAG